AUGCAACCAUUCUCGUAUGCCUAUGUCAGUCUACUGACUACCGAGUCUUACUUGCCUGGUGCUCUUGUUCUUGCUGCUUCCAUUCGUCAAACUUCAACUCUUUAUCCUUUAGUUAUAAUUGUUUCUCAAGAUCACAUCGGACAUGCUGCCAUUCAAACACUGCUCACUGUUUAUGAUAAAGUCAUUCCCGUUCAGCAAUUACUAACCAACAGCAAUGACAACUUAAAUCUACUCGGAAGACCUGACUUGUUUGCUACCUUCACUAAACUGCAUUUAUGGAAUCCUGAUAUUCUUCCUUAUAGUCGGAUUGUGUUUUUGGAUGCUGAUACCCUGGUACAGCGUAACAUCGAUUGUCUUUUUCAAUACGUUGAGCAAGAGUCUGUUGUCUUUGCUGCUGCUCCUGAUGCUGGUUGGCCAGACUGCUUCAAUUCUGGUGUCUUUGUCACAAAACCUUGCGCUGUCCUUUUUCAUCAAUUGCUCGAAUACGCUGCCAACAACACUAGUUUUGAUGGAGGUGACCAAGGUCUACUUAAUUCGUUCUUCUCAUCAUGGUCGUGUGAAUCUCCUGUUAAUCCUCGCACUGGUCGUUUACCCUUCACUUUCAAUGUGACUCCAUCUGCGUUUUACUCUUAUCUGCCUGCUUUUCAUCACUAUAGUGCCAACAUUUCCAUUGUACAUUUUAUUGGAUCUACCAAACCAUGGAAAAUGUCUCGCUUCUUUGAUGGCUCCAUUAUGCCUUUUGGUGAAAUGUCGGAUGGAGUCAAGGACCUCAUGGCUUCUUGGUGGGCCGUUUUCGACAAGAACGAGCUUCAUCUUGUUUUACGCACGUUUAAACUCGAUCGUGACUGGUCUCAGUACCAAGUUCCAAACCAAACCCCAGGAAUGUUUGAAGCCAUCGGGUCGUUUGCUAGUUCUGGCUUUCAAACAUCUGCUUUGGGUGCUUUACCAAACUCUGCUUCAGAAUUUGGUCGCUAUCGCGUGGAUUGGAAUGAUAGAGAGUCUCGUAGUGCCAUGGCUGUAUCAAGAUCUCGUUCCCCUGCAAAACGACGCUCUCGUCAUUCAAAGUCUCCUAGACGAGGCGAGAGUUUGUCCAAAUCACCAACAAAGCUAAAUUCAUCUCACGGAAAAAGAACAUCUCCUUUAGAUUCAAGACUGGGCGGCUCAGGAAAAAAUGGCUCUCCCGUCAAAUCCGAAGCAGCGUCAGGUUCUCACCAACAUGGUGCUGGACAUUUGGAUGCAAUUACUAUAGCUAGUGCGACCAAAUCCUCAAUGAGUUAUACCACACCAACAGAUGAUUUUGCAAACUACCGAGUUUCUUGGAGUCGUCACGAACUUCGUGGUCAGGCUGCUCAACGAUCGCCCAAAAGUGAUCAAAUGAACUCCAAGUCAUCCGACUCUGAAAACGACAGUUCUUACUUGAUAUUUACCAGCGAUGAGGCGAGUUCGUCUACUGGCUACUCUUCCACUGCUGAUUUAGACUCUCAAUUUGAAACCGAGACUUUAAAAAUUGUAAACCCCUUGCCUCUUCCACAUCAUAUCCACCACAAACUGGAUGCAUUGAGUAUCAAACCCACCACUCUUGACAAUACUGUAUCUGAUCCGCAGUCUUUGGCAACCUCAUCUACUAAAAAAACUGGGGAGAAUCGCAAGUAA